AUGGCCACGCCCUUUUCGUCCCGCCCCAUUACUGCACCUCACUGUACUUAUCACUGUACUCUUAUCACUGCACCUCUUAUCACUGCACCUCUAUCACUGUACCUCUAUCACCGUACCUUUAUCACUGUACCUCUUAUCACUGCACCUCUAUCACUGUACUUCAUCACUGUACCUCUUAUCACGUCACCUCUUAUCACUGCACCUCUACUGUACUUAUCACUGCACCUCUUAUCACUGUACCUCUUAUCACUGCACCUUUUAUCACUGCACCUCUAUACAUCACCUCUUUAUCACUGUACCUCUUAUACUGCACUUACUGUACCUUAUCACUGCACUUAUCACUGUACUCCUUAUCACUGUACCUUUUAUCACUGUACUUAUCACCGUACCUCUUAUCACUGUAUUCCUUGGUACCGUACCUUUGUACCGUAUCUUUAUUACCGUACCUUGAAAUCCGUACCCUGGGUACCGACCGCAUCUGCACUUUACAUGCCUCUUGUACCGUCUUUUAUCACCGUACCCUUGGUACCGUACCUUUUUAUACCGUACCUCUUGUUACCGUACCUUUUGGUACCGUACCUUUCUUAUGUCACCGUACCUUUGGUACCGUACCCUUGGUACCGUACCUUUAUCACCGUACUUCUGGUACCGUACCUCUUAUCACUGUAUCCUCUUGGUACCGUACUUUUGUUACCGUAUUCCUCUACCGUAGUUUUAUUACUGUACCUUCUGGUACCUUGUUACCGUACUUUUUAUCACUGUAUCUUGGUACCGUACUUCCUAUCACCGUUUUAA